AUGCUGGCUCUGUGAGUCUCAGUGAUUAACACUGAACCCUGUGGGAGUUUGACUAUAUGAACCUCAGUGAUUAAAACUUAACCCUUCUUAUUAUUAUUAUUCUCUCUGAGCAGGAGAGAUGCCGUCUCUGGGACUGUCUGGAAUCACGUGCAGCAAUGGCUCAGCCCGUGGCAAGAAGGCGAGCUCCGAGUGCGCUGGCUGCUUGCGCCCCAUCUCCGAGCGGUACUACCUGCUGGCGGUGGACCGCGCCUGGCACACCGCCUGCCUGCGCUGCUGCGACUGUGCCCGCCCGCUCGAGUCGGAGCUCACCUGCUUUAGCAAGGACGGGGCCAUCUACUGCAAGCGUGACUACUACCGGUGGGUCGGCCUCUCAGUUCGGCUGAUUGGCCGGCACUUCCACGCUUCUUAACGGUUAAAGUCACCGCCGCGCAGGUCGAGGAUC